GACACGAUCGCACUCGUGAGGUCAAAAAGGGAUCAAGAUCUGUAUAUCGCCGACAUGGGCACCAGUUUCACCCGCAUGAAAACGAGGGAGUGGAAGUGGGAGGACGUGCGUGCGAGGUUGCAGUCCAUGGGCGUGACGAGGGAGGCCGUCGACUGUGGGAAGAAAUGGGACAACUUGAUGCACCAAUUCAAGAACGUCCACAAGUUCCAGAACCUAUCCGGUGGGAAAAACUACUUCAAGCUUGCAUCAAAGGCCAGACUAUCGGAGGGCUUCAACUUCGUCAUGGACCGGAGCUUGUACGGCGAAAUGGAGGCCAUGACGAAGGGGGAUCACACGAUCCACCCGAAAAAUUUGGCGGACAUGGGGGCGGCCGGUGGGGUUCAGAUGUCGGCAGGCGGGGGGGCUGCAGGGGACACAAUAGCCACUGAGGGUGGAGGGGAGGCAGCCGACGAGGAGCAAGGGUCGACGAAAGACUCCACAUUCAGCGCGGGGAGCGCCGGCGGUUAUGGGAAGAGGAAGAACAUGCGGCAACAAACCUUUGAGGUCGUCCCCGACGUCAUGGACAAGCAUGGUGCGCUUAUGGCGAGCACAAUGGACAGCGCGAGCAAGUGGCAAUGCUCGAUGAUGUUACGUCAGUGCGAAAUCCUGGAGAGCGAAGUGGAAGUGCAGAGGAAACAUUAUGCUGCGGCGGAUAAGGAGAACAGAAUGAUGCGUAGCCACAUACGGCCAUUAACGGAGGCGGGAAGCAUGUCUGCGAGAGGUGGCACCCGUGGGAAGAAGCGGGAAAACAUCCCCACGGACAGUCAGGGGCGGGAAAGGGGUCGGCGACAUGUCCCCAAGGCGAAGAGGCUCCGUUCGGAAGAAGCAUCAACAAGCCUGCCUCUUCGACGAGGGCGAAGUUGGACGGCAGCCAACGAAGAGGAAGAUGACGACGUGUUCACGACGGAGGAGGAAGCAGCAGAGGACAACGUGCUGGCGCCUCGGGGAAGCAGUCUUCAACGCUCAUCUGAUCAGAGCGGUGCGAGAAGAUUGUUGACGUCCCCUCCGGAGGCGCAACAAGUGUGUGCGCACGACACCCAGAAGGCGAAGGAGGUUGUCGUCGACGUCGGCGGCGAGGACGACGAGCCCUUGGAAAGCCGUAGGCAGCGCAAUGUCACACAAGGCGCCACGACGACGACAGUCAGGAUACGCGCCGCGACUGAAGAAAGGCCACCUCAGGGUGGCCUGCCCUCCAUGCCAUCCCAGCCGCGCCUGCGCAACACGGCUGCAGAGGGGGGCUCCAUGGAACGUUGUCGACUGGUAGAAGUGACCUGCCGGCACACCGAUCGAACCCUAUACCUCGCGCCGUGUCUGUCACCCACGGGAGGGUUGAUCAGGGCUCCUGCAACCUGCAAGAAAUCAACCUCGUCAGUAUCACCAAAAUACGCUAGCACCUCAUUAUAAGGCAGGAAACUGCUGACGACGAAACAAAUCGUAGAAAUGAUC